GUAAGUAAAAAGAAAGAAAAAAAUGGAGAAGUAGGAAAAGGAAGCCGGAGGGAAGCGAGAGAGAAACGGAAGCGCGACCAAGUCUGCCGGAAAAGCAACGGCGACUCCUACGGCGGUAGAAAACGAAGCAAGCAAACUAGCCGCACCACCCCAGGUUGAAGAAGAAGAAGAAGAAGAAGAAGGGAGCAGCAGAAGCAGUUAACAAUACAGUGUUGUGUACCCAUCUACCUCUCAUAACCGAAAUUCAGAAACAACGAUGUUCUCGAUCGCGGCAAUUAACGAUACUGACUCCACGCACCAAUCGGAGCCCUUAGCUCCCACGCAAGAAGCUCAGGAAUCUCAUCUUACACAGACUUACCACGAUGGUCUCCUCGAAUUGCAAGCUAAGCGAUAUGACAAGGCUCGCCAUCUGCUGGAAUAUGUUUUGAGAGACCCUUUCAUCUCCAAUGCCCAUGAGGUGGAUGGUAAUGCAAGCGACACUCAUAUGCAGCAGCUCAGAUAUUUGGCGCUAAAGAAUCUCGCCAAUGUUUUCCUUCAGCAAGGAUCAGCUCAUUAUGAGAAUGCUCUUCAGUGUUACCUUCAAGCUGUUGAGAUUGACACCAAAGAUUCUGUUGUCUGGAAUCAGUUGGGAACUUUAUCGUGUUCGAUGAGUUUGCUCAGCCUUUCUCGAUGGGCGUUUGAGCAGGGCCUUCUAUGCAGCCCUAAUAACUGGAAUUGCAUGGAGAAGUUAUUAGAAGUUCUUAUAGCAAUUGGUGACGAGGUCGCUUGCCUUGCUGUAGCAGAGUUGAUUUUGAGGCACUGGCCUUCUCAUUCUCGUGCUUUGCAUGUGAAAAGCACUAUUGAAGAGUCGGAGGCAGUUCCAUUUGCACCUAGAGGUAUUGAUAAACUGGAACCAAAGCAUAUCCGCCUUAAGUUCCUGGACAAGAGGAAAGCAACUGAGGAGAAUUGUGAUGAAGGUCGAGCUAAUAAACGGCUGAACCAGACCAUUGAGUUGAAGCUGCAUGGAGUUUCGUUGGGUGCUCUUGUUGAUGCUCUGCUGGAAAUCUUGCAUCCGCUCAGUGCGCGUGAGACCGAUGUCAAAUCUGAUGAACGCAAAUCUGGGGAUAUGAGGUUAAUUAUACAACCACCAUCCAAUUUAGAUAUUGAUAUGAGCUGUCCUGAAACGAAAAGGCCGAUUGACUGUCCUUGUAGUUCUAGUCAAUGCAAACCUCUCAGCAGUAGCAAUUCUGAAAGAGUUGGUGCUAUCAAGGAAAGAGAAAGACAUAGUUUCGAUGAACAGCCUCGUGAGAGGAGUACUCACCUCGAAAGGCUUAGGAGUCGUAAACCUGGGAAAGAAGAAAUGGAUGUUGGUGACAGGAAGGAUUUGGUCAGUUUUGUACUCCAGUAUCUAGAUCCUUUUAUAGUUGGCACACCAUCAGGUGAAAGUUCUGAGCAUGCAGUUACUUGUUCUGCUCCACACGCUGCCGGGGCUAGUUCACCUAAUAAGGAACUGAAUGAUGUUUUAGCAUUUGUCAAAGGAACAUCAAGAAAUUAUGGUGCUUAUGAUAUGGCCCACUUGCUUAUCGAACAUGUUUCAACUAGUGGUCUUAUGUGCCAGGAUGCAUUGCCCAAACUCCUUGAAUUGGAAGGGCUGACAAGAAAUUGGGGGAAAGAUAGAACUCCUGAAUGCAGUCUUUUUCUGGCUGAGGUGUAUUACGACCUUGCAUUUUUGCCUUCCAAUGCUUCGAAGCUCUCAGAUUUCGUAUCAGAAGCAUUGUAUCAUCUAUGCAAAAUUGUGGAAUCAGUAGCGCUGGACUAUCCUUUUCCCCUGACCCUUGAAAAUCAGGGUGGAAGUUGGUCUGAUCACUCUAGUUGUUCUGAUCUCAUUUCUAUCGAUUCCUUGUUAAGUGAAAAAUGCAACUUUUGGAUCAGGUACUUUUGGUUGAGUGGGAAAUUAUCCAUCUUUGAUGGCAAAAAGGCAAAAGCUUAUGAAGAAAUAUUUGUUGCCUUGUCACUGGUCAUGAAGAGGGAUAGAAUGAGUGAUCUUUCGGGGAGUCUUAAACUAUCUCACAAGGUUAAUAAAGAGUUAACCCUAGAGAAGAUCCUUCAUGAAAUAUAUUUGCUGAAAGUUGAUUCCUUGCUUGAGGAGAUUGUAAGCGAGUUUUAACAGAGAAAGAGAGGUAUGUGGAAUGCAUAAAUUUACUUGCCCCCACUUCUAUUCUCUGUGGUUCAUGUUUACCUUGAUGUGUUAUCAUCACCUGCACUGGAUAUAUGAAUUGAAGCUGCUAAUACUCAUGCUACUAGCCGGGAUGGUUCAAUUCAAUCACAUCAGGUUCAAGCUCCCGACGAAGUCAGUGUUGGAAGAAUUAAGCACCUUACAUAAUAACAUGUGAUUGAGACAGCUAACAUGACGGGUUCUUGCCUUUAACCAGGCUCGCUACGAGGAAAUAAUUGCAGAUCCGAGUUAUCUGGAUCGAGUAUUGGAAGAUGGUACGACGAAGGCUUCAGAUAUAGUAGAUGCCACCCUUAACAACGUUUAUCAAGCAAUGUGAUUCUUGAGAAGAUGACCCCAAUUUGAUGAUUGCUGAUUGAUUCAUGUGCAGAGAUCUGGCGAACUCAAAAUUUUCACUCAUAAAAGAAUAUUUGUCAUUCAUUUCCCAACAAUUAUCGGAUCAUGGCCUUUUAACAUCACUUGAGCCAACUGAUGUUAUGAUUGUUCAUUGAUUACUUCUCAUUAUCAGUGUUCCUUGACCCUUGUAGUGGUUUAUUUGUAUAAAGUCCUGAUACUUGAGGUCACUGAACAGAGAACCACAUGCUCUUGUCGGUUUUACCGUUGGUUCGAUUAAUGAAUAACAUACCGUUGU